ACUGGAGCCAUUCAUACAACGACAACAGCUUCACAUUAGAUAGACAUUACAUCAGAGAAAAUGAAAAAAUACUUUAGCAAACAACAUCCUCAUGGAAUUCUCUUCAGCAUCCUAAGCCGUAAGUGUGACUUUGCACACUUCAGUUAUCCAAAGACACACAGCUGUCACUGUGAGCGAUUAGUGUGCUUAAAAAACCAACAUACCACCUGUCAUGCUGCCUUUGGUGUCUUGGUAAAAACGAUUCACUUCAUGAAGAGCUUACCUUCCUUCCAAAAUCUGCCGCUCAAUGACCGACUCAUCCUUCUUCAGAACCGCUGGGUGCCUAUUUUCCUCCUGGGACUUGCGCAGGAGCACAUCACUUUUGAGGUGUGGGACUUCCCUGCUGUCAGCAUCCUUAGAAACAUAUUGUUGAAUGGUCAGCAGAAAUCAGAUGUCUGUCCACCUACCCUGGCAGAAGUGUACAAACUUAAGAUGUUCCUGAACAAAGUAUGGAGUCUGGACCUGAGUCUAAAUGAGUAUGCAUAUCUCAAGUGUGCAAUACUGUUCAGUCAAGAUAUUCCUGGCCUGAAGAGUUUGGCAGUGAUAGCAGGACUGCAGGAGGAGGCCCAGAGAGCUCUGCACAUGCUUAUUCUCUCCCAUCAUCACCCCAGAGAUCACCAUACAUUCACGAACCUGCUGUUUAUGGCUAGCACUCUACAGAUGGAGGCCCGAAGCCUGGUGACAGAACUGUUUUUCAGACCCAUCACUGGCCAGACGGAUCUCCAGGAACUCCUAAAUGAGAUCAUUGUCACCAAUAGAAUAAUGUAGGAUUAUAAGUAUACAAUCGAGUACAACACUUGUGUGCCAUUUUUGAAAAGAUGUAUUAUUAACCUUUUAUAUUAUUAUUAUUAUUUUUUAUAUAAUAAAAGCACAAAGUCAUACAAA